GAGGGGAUCAUGGACAUUCCAAACUGUUCUCGUAGCAAACUGACCCAUGCCAUGGUAAUCAUUGGUUAUAGCAGUGGACGUAGCAAGGACUACUGGCUGCUGAAGAACAGCUGGGGACCUAACUGGGGAAUCAAUGGCUACAUCAAGAUGGUUCGAAACAAGAGCAACCAAUGUGGGGUGGCAACUUCAGCAAGCUUCCCCACCCUAUGAUGUCCCCAUCAACGUCUCUCUCUGCAUAUUAUAGUAGUGUCAUUAUAGCUAUAGGACACAGGAACCUCUUUACACGUGUAGGAC